AUGGCUCGUCUCAACAUACUCAUCAACGGCGCAGGCAUAGCCGGCAACGCCCUCGCCUUCUGGCUCACCAAACUCGGCCACAAAGUCCGCGUCGUCGAGAGGUUCCCAUCCCUACGCACCACGGGCCUGCAGCUCGACCUCCGCGGCCACGCCAUCCCCUUGCUCAAGCGCAUGGGGCUCGAGAAAGUAUUUCGCCAAAACAUGGCCCCCGAGCAGGGUAUGCAGAUCGUCGGCAGCUCGGGACGGCGUUGGGCGUAUUUCCCCGGCGGGACAACUUCUGAGGGCCUGCAGGCCUUCUCGACCGAGUGGGAAAUCAUGCGCGGGGACUUGUGCAGGAUCCUGUACGACGCGUGCCGUGAGAACGCGGUCUUCGCUUUUGGAACGGGGAUCGAGAGCUACAAACAAGUCGACAAGUCUGUUGAAGUUCAGUUUACGGAUGGGACGACGGACACCUUUGACCUCGUCGUGGAAGGGGAAGAGUACAUCGCCACGGCUUAUGUCGCCCCAGGAGGGAAGGGUGUCAUGACUCGCCGGACCAGCGCCAACCAGCUACAGGUCUAUCUCACUUGCCGCACAGACUCCGCGGCGCUGAAGACGGCACGAAAUGGAGACAUCGAAGCUGAAAAGGCCGGCUUGGCACAGGAGAUGCGAGGCUCGGGCUGGAUCACGGACGAAUUUCUCGAUGCCCUGCCCGAAGCCCAAAACUUUUACUGCGAGCGGCUGGGCCUGGUCGAUAUGAAGCCAUGGUACGACGGGCAUGUCGUCCUCGUCGGCGAUGCGGGGUAUUGUCCGUCGGUCCUCACGGGCAUGGGGACGACGUGUGCCUUUAUGGGGGCAUAUAUCCUCGCCGGCGAGAUCGGAAAGCACUGUGGGAGCACGGACAAGGUAACUGCCCAGGAUGGAAUAUCCGAGGCGCUCCGGGCGUACGAUGAGAAAUUUAGGCCCUACAUGGACAAGAUUCACGAGGGGGUGGCUGAGAAUAGCGAUUGGUGGCCCAAGACAUCCUUUGGCAUCUUGAUGAUGAAUAUGGCUGCGGGGAUCGCCUCGCUGUUGCGAAUUAACCUUCCAAGUAAAUUUGUCUCAAAGGAAGAUAUCAAAGGGUGGGAUUUGCCAGAGUACGAGGAGCUUGGUCGGUUUUAA